UGAGGCUGGAUUCCUAGUGUCGUUUUAUCACCUCAAGUGGUACUGAAAAUCUGCUUGGGCCAUGGACUAGUCAGGUGUUUUUGGCCAAAUUCUAAACAGGUACUUGAAGGAUUUGCAAUAUUGCACCUUUAGCUCUCUGUAAAUGAUAAUAGAGGGAUUACAGAGGAGGAGCAGCGAAAGCACCUUAUUUUUGUUUUGUCUUCAGGCUGUUGAUUUAAGGAUUCACUAAAGUACAGUGGAAACAUGUAUUUAUUCCAGAGCUAUAAAAGCAAAGACGACAGUGAGCCCUUCGCUUUAAGAGCCACUGUGAGAACAUGGGAACAAAACAGACACACAUCCAUGCAGCAGCGUUACUCUCCGUUCUGCUAUGCGGGCCGUGGCACGUAACAUCGGACUCGGAUGAGGUGGUCCUGUCUGAGUGGGAGAUCUGGAAAAUCAGCCACGGCAUAUCCUACGAUGAACUGGAUGACGUGCAGAGGAGGGCCAUCUGGGAGCAGAACAUGCACUUAAUUGAUGACAACAAUAAAGGCUUUUUCCUGGGUACAAGAGGGUUCACUAUGGCCAUGAAUAAAUACGGAGACCUGACAAGACAAGAAUAUCAGGUUUUACAAGGAGCCUUCAUGAACGCUCAGUUUGCGAAGAGAGGGAAGAACACUUCGGCCAGGAAGCUGCGCGAGAACGCCAGGAAGCUCGACGCAUGGGCUGUUGACUACAGGAAUAUGGGUUAUGUCACUGCAGUGAAAGAUCAGGGUUUCUGCGGUUCUUGCUGGGCCUUCAGCACUACGGGAGCGAUUGAGGGACAAAUAUACAAAAAUACAGGCAGGCUGAUCUCACUGAGCGAGCAAAACCUGGUUGAUUGCUCCAGACCAUAUGGCACCUAUGGCUGCAGUGGUGCCUGGAUGGCCAAUGCCUACGACUACGUGGUCAGCAAUGGGCUGCAGUCUGAAACCAGCUACCCAUACACCUCAGUGGACACACAACCCUGUUUCUAUGACAGCAACCUUGCAGUUGCCCAUAUCAGAGACUACAGAUUCAUACCGAAAGGGGAUGAGCAGGCGCUGGCUGAUGCCGUGGCAACCAUCGGGCCAAUCACAGUCGCUUUUGAUGCUGAUCAUUCGAGUUUUCUCUUCUAUAGUUCUGGAAUAUAUGAAGAACCCAACUGCAACCCAAACAAUCUGAGCCAUGCGGUGCUGCUGGUUGGCUACGGCUCCGAAGGAGGCCAAGACUACUGGAUCAUCAAAAACAGUUGGGGUAGCAGCUGGGGUGAAGGUGGCUACAUGCGGCUGAUCCGUGAUGGCAAGAAUACUUGUGGUAUUGCUAGCUAUGCUUUGUAUCCUAUCCUCUGAUUCUGAUCGGAUGUUUCAGAACAAAAUCUCCUGCUACGAGUUUCAUGUGGCCUGUUAUAAGGACUCCAGAAAACUGUCAGUCAUUUCUUGUGCAGAUUAUUUCAUGUUUCGAGUGCUUCUAUGGUCAGGAUUUUUUCUUUUUGAGUGUCUCUGCUGAAGUCCUUUAAGAUUGCUGUUGGCUUUUACGGCUGCUCUCAGGGAUCCCUACAGUACAACUGGGUGGCAGAGUAUGAAAAAAUGCUUUAUAAUAUAUUCAUAUACAUAUAGUUUCCAUUAUGCAACAACACUAAUAUUA